UGUAAUACUCAAGAAUGUCGAACCUGUUUGUGGUCAGACUGGGGACAGUGGGUCUCUGGUACAUGUUCAGUAACGUGUGGGUCUGGAUCUGAGACUCAAACGCGAACAAGGAGCAAAUCAUGGGGAUCAAGCUCAGCAGGGUCUUCAGAUUGUUUAGGUAGAGCUACCGGCAGAAGGAUUGUAUCGUGCACAAGGGAUCAAUGUAGAGGAUGCCGAUGGACUGAUUGGGGUAUGUGGGUUGAUGGCCCUUGCCCAGUUUCUUGUGGGGGAGGAAGUUCUACUAGUACCAGACGUAGGACUAAACUGGAGAAAGUCAUUGGCGGGGCACGUAUCUGUCCAGGAUCGGAUUUUGAAAUGCGAACAUCGCCAUGCAACACCAACCAAUGUUGUGAAUGGUCUAGCUGGAGUAAUUGGUUACCCAGAAAUGGAGGAAUUGGUGGGAGUUGUCCAGUGACUUGUGGAGGUGGUAUUAUAAAUGCUUACCGGACAAGAACAAAGAUAUUGGGUACUGGGGGUUUACCAGAUUGUCCAGGAGUCUCAGAGGAACAAAAGACGGAACGAUGUAAUACUCAAGAUUGUCCAACCUGUUUGUGGUCGAACUGGGGACGUUGGGUCCCUGGUUUAUGUUCUGUAAGUUGUGGGUCUGGAUUUGAGAGUCAGAUACGAUCAAGGAACAAAACAUGGGGUACAGACCCCGAAGGGUCUUUAGAUUGUUUCGGUAGUACCGCUGACAGUAAAAGUGUACCAUGUACAAGGGUUCCAUGCCGAGGAUGCCGAUGGACUGAUUGGACCCAAUGGAUUAAUGGUAUUUGCUCAGUUAUUUGUGGUGGAGGAGUUUCCACUAGUACCAGACGAAGGACUAAACUGGAGAACGUCAUUGGUGGGUCACCUAUCUGCCCAGGAUCGGAUUUUGAAAUGCGUACAUUGUCAUGCAACACCAAUCAAUGUUGUAAAUGGUCCAGUUGGAGUCCUUGGAUACCUAGAAACGGUGAAUUUAGUCGCACUUGCCCAGUAACAUGCGGAGGGGGCAGUAUUAACUUUUACCGAACAAGAACAAAGACGUUCAAUACUAGCGGGAGUUCACCAGUUUGUCCUGGAGUUUCAGAAGAACAAAAAACGAAACGAUGUAAUACGCAAGGAUGUCCAAGUUGUGGUAUCUGGCAACCGUGGGAACCCUGGACAUGCCAACAAGUCUCAGGAGUGUAUGUCAUCGGGUGCACGAUACCAGGAAGACUAGUGCGAACAAGGAUGUGUCCAAUAUGUCCCGUAGGUCGAAGUGUUGAUGAUGAACGUGUUCAACGUCGAAAGAGACACGGUAGCUAUCCGUGCGAUGGAGUAUCAAUUGAGAAAGGUUCUACAUGCUGUCUUUAAUAUUUGUGACGUCGUGAUUGUGAAUUAUCAA